CCCCGGGAGUGUCACGUCUGGUCCGCGCCUGUCUGUCUGCUUGCUUGCUCUUACAGCAUCGUACUGAACGGAACUGGGGAACAAAUGUUUGCCCUUUUAAUGUAGUGUCUUCUAAGGCGAGAGAAAAUACGUUUUCAAUGGUUUUGUGUAUGAUUUGUUAGUGUAAUGUGUUAGGCAAAGAGCUGUUCCCGGAUUUUGGUGAUUGUGUGAAAAAAAACAUUUUUAUCGAAACAGGAGAUCGAGAGACUUUGGUUCUUGUUUAAACCACACACAAAACCCACCAUACACAAAUGUCUGUUGACAAGGAAGAAUUGGUUCAGAGGGCAAAGCUUGCCGAGCAGGCAGAGCGUUAUGAUGACAUGGCUGCAGCGAUGAAGGCUGUUACAGAAACAGGAGUGGAACUUUCCAACGAGGAGAGAAACCUUUUGUCUGUGGCAUACAAAAAUGUUGUUGGUGCCCGACGAUCCUCCUGGAGGGUUAUCUCAUCGAUCGAGCAAAAGACAGAAGGCUCAGAGAGAAAGCAACAGAUGGCCAAAGAAUACAGAGAAAAGGUGGAAAAAGAAUUGAGGGAGAUCUGUUACGAUGUUUUGGGUCUCUUAGACAAAUACCUGAUCCCCAAAGCGAGUAAUGCCGAAAGCAAAGUAUUCUAUUUGAAGAUGAAGGGAGAUUACUACAGGUAUCUUGCGGAAGUUGCAACGGGGGAGACCAGAAAUACUGUAGUGGAAGACUCACAGAAGGCGUACCAGGACGCAUUCGAAAUUAGCAAGGCUAAAAUGCAGCCCACUCACCCAAUCAGGCUUGGCCUGGCACUAAACUUCUCCGUCUUCUAUUAUGAAAUCCUCAAUUCGCCAGACAAAGCAUGUCAGUUGGCGAAACAGGCUUUCGAUGAUGCCAUUGCGGAACUUGACACAUUGAAUGAAGACAGCUAUAAGGACUCUACGCUCAUCAUGCAACUCUUGAGGGACAACCUCACACUCUGGACCUCUGACACACAAGGGGAUGGAGAUGAACCUCAAGAGGGCGGUGAUAACUGAUCUGGUCCUCUCGAACUCCCGAAUCCCGUUUAACAUAAUUAUGUAAAACAAACAAAAAAAAAAUUGCCUUUUUUCCUCCAUUUCUCAAUACCUUCCCUACCUUUCCCCUCUUGUUUCCAUCCCUCCCUCUCACUUUCUCGGUCAAGUCGGUAUAUAUAUUAUAAUUAUUAUAAGAAAACAAUAAAUUCACAUACACAUCUACACACGCAAACACAUUUAAAGUAAACUUACGAGUCUGCAUAUUGAAUGAUGUUCCACGUUUUCAAAAAUUAAACUGAACAGUGAACAAAGGCUAGCAUUUCUUGUAAAGGCUGCCCUUUCUCUUUUUCUAAAAGAAACGCUACCUAAAUCAGCAUGCAGUGUUUUGUUUUUCUUUAAUGGUAACCAGGAGUCGUAUGUUCGUAGUGCGAUAAUGGUAUUAAAGAAAGUAUCGCAUAUUGCAUAAAUAACAUCAUGGUUAAUUAGUUUCAGUAGUCUGCAUUGUCAAGGAUAACUUGGAAAUCAAGUGGGUUAUAGCAUGUUGGUUUUUCUGUUAAAAGUGUAAUUUAUUCUCAUUUCUAAAUUAUGCCAAGAAUUUAGUAGGGAGUAUUGAAAUUUAACAUUUCUGUAGAAAUGAGUGCUUGUGCUGGAAAUAAAGUCUCAGUUAACUGGAAGACCAAAUACCCAUGGAAUACUACCACUACGUACUACAAGUGAAGUGCAGUUGUAAAAGUUGUGUGUAAUUUUGUCUUCAUUGUCAAAUUUGUCGUUGCAUUUUUUUCUCUAUCCCGUGCUGUAAGGAAAAGAAGUUGCCAGAUGUUUUAUUAUUGCCUUGAAAAGCCGUUAAAAGCCAAAUUAUUGAAAUCGAUGUGCAAAAUAAACAACAUGUAAGGAAAUUUUGGAGCCUGUUAUUUAUAUUAGAACUAAUUGUGAACCGUAAUUAUUAUUUUUUUAGACACUGUUGAGUAAAUACUAAAUAAUGUUUAAAGUAAUAGAAUUUUGCUAAUCCUUAUACAUCUGCCAUAUUACCUCCCCAAACUGUCACACAUUUCUGGUAAAUGUUGGUAUAUAUUUAAUUUGUUCAACUGUCAAGAUUUUAAUAAAUUAAUUGGAAAUGUCUCACAUUUUCAAGUUUCCGUGUUUCCAUUGCUUGUUGUUUUAUGUAAGAUAAUAUUGUGCCCAGGACGUGUUGAUUUUGGUGUUCAACUUUCUUUCUGGCUGCUCCAUCUUCACUUAUUCAGUUUUACAAAGGGAGAGGGAUUUUAUCAUAGCUAUUUGAAUAUUUAUUUAAAAAACCCAAUUGUGGUUCCUAGUCUAAUGCUGCUAUUAAAAACAUACAUAGCUUUUCCAGAUUUGCUCAAAAUUACUUGUGGGUCAUAAAUCAUAUGACAGUAUGACAUCAGUUUUAAUGGCAACAUUUUUCCUCGUUCCUUUUCUUCCAAAGCAGCUCACAAGAUUGUACAAGAAGUAUGGUAUGUUUUUUUCUCUCUCUGUGAUGGGUACUUUUUUAUGUAUCAAAAAUCCAAAGGGGAAUGGCUGCGCCAUGCAAUUUCUUACUGGUGGGAAGUAAUAUUAAUUUAUGGUACCAGAGGCAAGUUACAUGAAUGGCAAGUGAUAGUUAGUACUGUAUGCUUGUACAAGUUUAGAAAACUGUAUCUAUUUACCAGUAAAAACAAGAUGCUUUCCACUUAAAGGAUUCUUUGUAAACUUUUGAAUCACAUAUAAGCUUCAGAAUGAAAACUCCUAGCACCAUACACUACGUUGAAUUAAAAACUGUCCAUCUACUCCCAUAUCCCAGUAUAGUAUACCUUUUUGGCUUUCACAUGUAUAUUGUAAAUUGUAGAUGUGGAAUGACUCGGCAGUUCUUGUAGAGCUGUGGAGAUAAAACUGUUCGAGUAUCCCAAGAAAAUAUAAGCUAAGUGCUGAGUAGCUUAGUUAUUUAAACAAAAUUUGUUUGCCAUUUACAGAAUCCUGCUUAAUAUUUGGUGUGGAAUAUGCUGUGUUGUGGUUAUUCUUUCUUUUUUGUAUACGGUAUAUGUGCCUUUUACCUGUAAGGCCUAAAGUAUUGUGAAGUUCAACUUACAAAUUUAGGUUGCAAACUUAUUUUUUUAUGUCAGAAACAGUGUUUGUGUGUCACAGAUAACAGUGUUUAUUUGGAAAUGAAAUGGGCCAUUUUUGUGUCCAAACUUUGUAUGUGAAACUGUCACAUAUAAGCCUCAUCUUGCACAUUAAUUCUUUCCCAUUGCUUUCGAAUUGUUCUGCUUCACUGCUAAAUUCCUCAAAUUUAUACAUGUACCGGCUACUGUUCCCCAAAUUCUCAGUAUUUAGAUUAUUUCUAUAGCCUCUUUUGUAUCAUAAUAUACUUCUAAAUUAACCUAGUUUAAAUUUCAAAAUUACUAUCCUCUCCCACCCCUCCAUAAUGCAUAUGUGUAACAUUAUUAAUGCUAAACGUAGUAAUUUUAUGUUUAUACUUCGUAAUUAAUGCGUUUCAAAGAGGUGGUGUUUGUAAAUAAAAUUGUAAAAUUAA